CUCCCUGCGUUACCUGACUGUGGCAGUGACGGAGCCCAGCCCGGGGAUCCCUCAAUACAUGGUAUUGGGAUACUUGGACGGGAUCCCCUUUGAGCGCUACGACAGCGAGCGGGGCCGGAUGGAGCCGCUGACGCCGUGGAUGGCGGCCGGAGCCGAACCGGGAUAUUGGGAUGGACAGACCCAGAUCGUUCAGGGGAACCAGCUCGUUGCUGCCCACAACCUGAAUGUAGGGCGGGAUCGGUACAACUGGAGUGGGGGUCUCCACACGUGGCAGCGGAUUCAUGGCUGUGACCUCCUGUCCGACGGGAGCGUCCGUGGAUCCUAUCGGCAAGGAUACGACGGGCGGGAUUUCAUCUCCUUCGAGCUGGGAUCCGGGAGCUUCGUGGCGGCCGAUGGAGCUGCCCAGAUCACCAAGAGGAAAUGGGAAUCUGAUGGGAUCAUGGUGGACGAUUGGACAAAUUACCUGGAGAACAUCUGUCCGGAAUGGCUCCGGAAAUAUGUCGGAUACGGGCGGGAGGCGCUGGAGCGCAAAGAGUCCCCUGAUGUCCAUGUGUCCGGGAAAGAGGAACACGGGAUCCUGAC